UCGCAUUUGACCAUUUGUGAUAUAUAUUUUUAGCAAAAUCAGUCCCAAACCCAAAACGAGCAAAAACACCGAUACCAAGAUAGUUUAAACAGAAUCUGAUUAUCUCUCACCUUGUCUGAAACAGAAGCUUUCCAAACUUUCUCUCUCUCUUACAAUGGCUGAGGGACGUCUAACGGUGCUCGACGGAACGCGUCUACGGUCACUCAAUCUCUCUUUACCUGAACUUAACGGCACCGUCACGGGAGCUCAACUCCUUGAAAUCGCUGACUCCAAAGCCUCUAGCUCUCUCUUUGGCCUUUCUUUGCCUCAAAACCUUAAAGCUUCCGCUCUUUCUCGUGUCAUCGCCGGAGCCGGUGAUGAUGAAGUCACCUUCCGGCAAAUGGAGCUCGACAGAGAAAAGGCGUUUAAGAUUCUCUCUGACUACAUCUCUGCCAUUGCUGAUGAGUUGAAAGAUGAUCCACUAGUGGUGUCAAUAUUGGAUGGGAAUACUUUGAAGAUGUUUUUGGAGGAUGAAGAUGAUUAUGCUAUGUUGGCAGAGGAUUUGUUUACUGAUUUGGAUAUAGAAGAUAAAGGAAAGAUUUGCAAGAGUGAGAUAAGGAAUGCACUUGUUCAUAUGGGAGUUGAAAUGGGGAUUCCUCCUUUUUCAGAAUUUUCUCUGCUAAAUGACAUCUUAAAAAAGCAUGGGGCUGAGGGGGAAGAAGAAUUGGGCCAAGCACAAUUUGCUGAAUUACUUCAGCCAAUUCUGGAGGAAACGGCUGAUGCAUUGACUGAAAAACAUGUUGUUAUCAUCCAGAACAUCAAGGUUGUCAAUGCUUCUAAGCUAAGAAAGCUUUUGGCAGAUGAGAAGCAAUUCAACCAUGUAAUACAGAGGGUUUUGCAGGAAAAGAAGAGUGGAAAAGAUGAGCUAGGGAAGACAAAGCUAAUCAGGAGUUUCCUUGAGAAACAUGGAAAAGAUUUGGGCUUGCCACCAGCAGAAUCCAAUGAAGCUGUGAUUCUUCUAUAUGAUGUGGUAUUUUCUGAAGUACAGAGUAAGAAGAGUGCUGCACAAAUGGAUGAUGAAUUUAGGGAAUAUGUGAAAGACAUCCUCGAGAAGUUUGCAGAGCAGCUUGAAGCCAAUCCCAUCUUUUGUGACCUUGACAAUUAAGGGAGUGGCUGCACUAACUAUCUGGCUUUUCGGUUGACAGAGCCUGUCCAUAUUUACCAGGCGUUUGCUUCUCUGCACAGGGUUGUUAUAUUUUUAUUUAUCUGCCUAUUACACAUUGUAUACAUGGUGAUCGGGCCUUUGUCAUAUCUUUGAUUCACACACUAUUAUAACGAUUGUUACUGUCCAAAUCCCCUCACUUCUAAGCCACAUCACAGCAAUACAUAUAAUGAUCUUAUGGCUAUGCAUACUGGCUAUUGUCACUGUAAUGAUUACUAGAUACUUGUGCUUUAGCAUGCCUAUUUAUGUAAAGAGAAUGCCUAGGAGUGGCAUAUUGCAUUCUAGGGAUACAAAUAUCAAGCCUUCAAGAAAAAGAUACUGAAGAUGAAAUUCUAUGGAGCAGAAUUCUACAUUGAAAAGAGUUAUGAAUUACUCAAUAGAUCUCAGGAUUUAUCUGCUUGCCAACAUCUUU